AUGAAUCAGUGCUUAAUCUCACAACAACAACAAAGUGACAACGGUACUGAGGAGAAAAAAAGUGAUUUCGUUCAGUGUCUUUCAUAUGAUGCCGUCUCCACCAUUUUUGCAUUAUGCUCUUUCCGAGACUGUGUACGCUUCACCCAAGUCUCGUCCUGUUGGAGGAGCUUCUUGUUGGGUUGGCCUGGAAUGUGGGAAAACUUGACCGACACCAAAUGCAACUAUGCAAAACUAUUAGCGCUGGCCUCUUCGCACAAUGCUGCAGCAGAGCACAGUCGACACGUGCGUAGAGUCGAUAUCCAGGACAAGGAUGCUGAGGAACAAAAUAGCGUGCUUGAAUACCUGUGGCACAUGAAGUGUUGUGCACUCGAUUACUUGCGCAUCUCGUGUGAUUCCGACGCGAUCCAGAAGCUAAAGAACCUACUGGAAAUAACAGGAUCCAGCUUAAUUAGUUUGGAUUUAAGAGUUACGGGCGAUACUCGAUAUGUGCGCGUUCUUGCUGCAAUACUGAAAUAUUGCAACACACGACUGAAUCAUCUAAAGUACCGACAUGACUAUGCAAUUCGACCCCUGACCAUCCGACUCGACGGACGAGCUUUGCCGCGACAUCCUCUGCUUCACAUAACCUCUCUGAAUAUCGCGUGCACAAUGGAGAUGUGCUAUCUGCAGCGUAUUAUCGCGUUACUUCCUAAUCUCAAGAACAUAUGCAUCAACGAGGAUAUGAUACACAACAUGGAAACCCCCGGUCAAGUUAUGGAACUAUUGUGCAUGUCUCUUACCACACUCCAAAAAGUUAACAUAUACUCUGGUGGAAAUGUAACAACCGUUGAUAGGAGCAUCACCACCACAGUAUUGCAAUCUUUGUCAUCAUCGACACUUUUGCGACAACAGACAUCGAUAAUGAGAAACGAUUAUGAUGAUGCUCACCGGAUGCAGCAGGAUAAUAUGGAAGAAGAGGAACAGAAAAUGUUGGGGUUGCGUUCACUUGUUCUGCAGAAUCGCAGCUCCAGGAUCGACUCAGACAUUUCGUCAGCAAUCCUUCGAACGCACCACUCAACACUCGAGGAACUCUAUAUAAUAAAAUGCUGGGUAGCAACACUUUCAUUUCCGCCUCUGGUGUUUCCGAAUAUGCGUGAAAUUCGACUCCAUGGCAACAUUCUUGCUGCUGUGAAUGACGCAACAUCAAGAGACUUGUUUACGAUGCUGCAGAUGUCUCGUCGUUUGGAACACGUAUACAUGAAUGUUCCAAUGCCCUUUGACCACGUUCUCGGUGGACUGCAGGGACAAGAGCAUUUGCGAACGCUAUCUCUAUUAGACACAACGCAGAGCAGCUUACUUAACCGGAUGCUGCUUCCCUCAGGUUGGCCACAACUGCAACGUCUUUCAAUUUACGGCGCCCGAACAACAUGGAUGAACCACCAACAACUUCAACACAUAACGAAUUUGGCAAGUGCAAUCUCAGACAGCCCCUGUCUGGAAAUGAUCGACAUUGAUAUUAUGCUUGUUGUUGCGGAUGCUACUGAUCCACCCAGCAGUCCCAGUGUCAUGGAAGCCAUCGGUAACCUCGAGAAUCUGCGCUAUCUGAGAAUCCAGGCAUCACCAUUAUCAGCAACAGGCGCUGCGCAUUUGAAUCAUCUUAUAAUGCAGAAUAUCAACGGCAGGGUGCUCGGUGGGAUAUCAGCUGAAAUCAUCAUUACCAAAUUAUUACAGGGCAACUGCCGUCGCUCGUUGCGUAAACUUUGUUUGCUCGAUAUUUCGACAUGGACAGAUGCUGUACUCGAUGCGAUUGUGAGGAACUUGACAGGAAGAAGCGAUGACAGUCGAUUGACUCACUUGCAGCUUGGUUAUCCGUCUCCUCGGCUUCGCAACAAUAGAGGCAACCCAAUGAAUCAGAGAGACACAACAGUUGGCGCUGCUGUCACGCCGGAUGGAAUUCGACGGCUUGGCCAAGCAUUCGUUGGGAAACGACUACGGUAUCUGGGCUUCCGAGAGCUAUGGGAUUGGCCGGCUCAUUUUUCAUAUGACGAUCGUUUGCAAAUACAAGUCGCUAGUAAAGAAGUCCAAGAGCUGCUGACUGAAGAUCAGGUCGUUGUUGAGUGGGGCUACCGGUGUAGCGAGUCUUAUCUUAGAGCCUUUGGAGAUGCCCCUUUGGAUCCUUGUUCUAGCGAAAUAUAG